GUUGACAAACUUCAGGCUUGUGGAAAAGGUUUGCUUCUUUGCGCGUCCACGGGUUCCUCGUUUAUCGACAUCGAAAGCCGCCUGGAUUUCUGCGCAGACGUCAGACAAGAGACCGCCUGCUUGCCUCUGCCCGUUCACCACUGCCGUUGUGAAACAGUUGUUGCAAACUAAUCGUAGCAUUAUUGGUGGAAUUGCAGCGUCUGCCCUGCAUGGACUGUGCGACGGGGUGGAUAGCAUGCUGAUGGUAGCUGCUGGACGAUUAUCGGCUUUUUAGUUUUUAAACACCGUGCCUUGGCGGAAAGGAGACGAUUUCUUUUUAUUUAAGGUCCAGUGACAAUGAACGAGCAGGAGGCCGGUGUGGUCUCGUUUGACGAAUACGUGCGGCAAAAAGCCCGAACUGUACCCCAGCACAGGAUGAAGGAGUUCCUGGAGUCCCUCUCCAAAGGGGAGUUCAGUCAGCAGGGAGGGGCAACCACCACCACUACCACCACCACCGCAGCUAUGGUCUAUCAAGACCAGACCAACAACUGUGUCUACACUGACAGCACAGAGGUCGCUGGCUCUCUCUUGGAGCUGGCUUGUCCAGUACAGCUGACCUCGGCCGAGAUUUCACCUCAGCUUUCCAUGCAUCCAGAAUCGGAACAGCAGCUUCAAGUGCAGGUCCAGAUCCAGGAGCAGCCGGUCCUGCAGAUGGCUACGUCCACUCAACAAGACAUGCAAGGAAUGUCAACUUCUCAACUUGUGCCACAGGAAGAGCUGACAGAAGAGCAGCAGCAGCAGAUUCAGGCACAGCUGGUUGCAGCUGUGAGCGGAGAGCAACAGAUUCAGUUGGCAAGUGGUCACCAAAUCCAACUGCAAGGUACGCAGCAGAUACAGCUCGCGGACGGCCAGCAUAUUCAACUGGAGGCCGGACAACAGAUACAGCUACAAGGUGGACAGCAGAUUCAGUUGCCGGGCGGCCAGCACAUUCAGUUGCAGGGCGGGCAACAGAUUCAGAUACAAGAUGGACAGCAGAUCCAACUGCCGGGCGGACAGCAGAUCCAACUCCAAGACGGACAGCAGAUCCAACUGCAGAGUGGACAGCAGAUUCAGCUGCAAGACGCUCAACAAAUUCAGCUCCCGAGCGGCCAGCACAUCCAGCUGCAGGGCGGGCAACAGAUUCAACUCCAAGAUGGACGGCAGAUUCAACUCAUGGGAGGCCAGCACAUCCAGCUCCAAGAUGGACAGCAGAUACAAUUACCAGACGGACAACAGAUCCACAUCCAAACCAUUGAGGCUAUAUCUCCUCCGCAGCAACAGAACUCUCCCAGGGAGACCGAGAGACGGACCGCUACCGUCUCGUCUGUUCUUCCACCCGCCAAGAAGCGCAAGGUGGACGCUCCCUUGACGGUGUCCUACGCCGUUCCUCAGGGGCAGCAAGUGGCCACUGUCAUCGCCAUCCCUCAAGGGCAGCAACAAAACUACGUGUCCCUGAGGCCUGAUUUGCUCACCGUCGACAGCACUCAGCUGUAUAGUGCCACGGGAACCAUCACCGGGCCCACAGGGGAGACGUGGACCAUCCCCGUGUACUCCACCGCUCAGCAGCAGGGCGUGACUCACAUCGCCAUACCGCAGGAGACGUACAACACGGUGCAACUUGCCGCCGCCAACGGCAAGGCCGGUUCCUCUGCGAGGUCCACCGAUGGGCAGUCUGUGUCGAGCGGGACACAGGAGGAAAUAGUACAGACGCUGUUUCCCGCCCAGUUCAUGAAUGGGAACAUUCACAUCCCAGUAGCUGUCCAGACUGUAGGUGGGACUUACAAUACAACGCAGUCGGUGCACAUAUGGGAUCCCAGUCAGCAACAGAACCAAGAAGACGGAAAUGAGCAACAAAUCCACCUUCAGGAACAAGGAGAAGGCGAGGCUAGUGCUGAACCGUCUGCAGAAAUUUUAGUUCCCAUCUCUCUGAAGCCAGACGAGGGUCUGGAGGUAUGGCGCCUGUGGGUCAAGAGGAAAAAUAUCGAGCUAAGCAAGCAGGACAAGACAAAGCUUGCACCCAUUGGCCGUCGCCAACCGCUGCGUUUUCAAGAAGACUUGAUCUCCAGUGCAGUAGCCGAGCUCAAUCUCGGGCUUGCCCUCAUGACGCAGGAGGCCCGAGGAUCAGAGGAGGAACAAUUUGCUCCAGAUGUUCUUUAUUAUGUCUUCUUGUGUAUACAAAAGUACCUCUUUGAAAAUGGACGCGUGGAUGACAUUUUCUCUGAUCCAUACUACACUCGAUUCUGUGAGAGUUUAAAUAAAAUCCUCACUGGUUGGAAGCCCAGUGUUCAUCCUCUCGGUUACAUCAUUCCGAGUCAUGUGACAGAGGAGAUGCUGUGGGAAUGUAAACAGCUUGGUGCACAUUCACCUUGGACUUUAUUAACAACUCUGAUGUACUUUAACACCAAGUGUUUUCGUCUGUUAACACCUGAGCAGCACCUAAAGGUGGCCUUCUCCAAGGUCUUAAGGCACACCAGGAAGAACCCUACCAAUACCAAGGACAAAGCAACUACUAUCCGCCUUCUGAAAGGGCAGAGCUCACAUAAAGGUCCAGAUGACCUAUACGACGAGCAGAUCGAGGAUCCAGACAAUCCACUCCGUUGUCCGAUCAAACUUUACGACUUUUAUCUCUUCAAAUGCCCUCAAAGCGUCAAAGGUCGAAACGACGCGUACUACAUGACCCCGGAGCCCGUGGUGGCGCCAAACAGCCCCAUGUGGUACUCGUCUCAGCCUCUCACCACUCAGCAGGUGGAGCAAACGCUGGCGCGCAUCCUGGUGGUCCGAGAGAUCCAGGAGAUCAUCGGUGCCGCUUCCGAGAGUUAAGACGACAGACGAGAGGAAGAUUGUACGAUUCAUCAGAUUCUUGACUGCUGCCCUUUAAUUGGCUCAAUAAAUCGCAACAAUCACAUGGAGAACCCAGUGAACGGGUUUGAAGCCUGCAAUGAAAUUGUCCUCUUAAAGUUCGCAGGAAUGUAAGACUGGACUAUGGGGGAAAAUGGAAACUGCUCCGGGUUCAAGUAUUUUCAAGAUGAGGGUAUUUAACCGUUUACUCUUCUUUAUCCUCUUAUGUUUUGUUACCAUGCCAACCUCCUUGCAGGGACCACUGCUCACUUUUUUUUUUUUUGUAUUGUGUUGAUAUGUACAAAGAUGACCUUGUGCCUGUAUUCAAGUAUUUGAUCCAAGUUGUCCCAAAAGUAAAGUGCUACAUUGUAGUCUUUGGGGAGACUAGAAACUUU